UGUUUUGACUCCAUAUAGUGUGCUCCCUCGUGUGGUUAUACACACAGACGCAGGACGGCUCGCGCUUGAACAAAACAACAACGAUAGGUGUUAAGAUAUCAGUCCGACACAGACUAGUUCACCUCAGUAGAUGUGACAGCAGAUUAUAGCGCAAGUUAAUAUCAGAUAUUAUCGGUUCCUCAGUGAAGAGCUCAGAUCUGCGCCAGAAGCUAUUAAGCGGGCAGAGGCGUCGACCUUCAUCAUGGCUUGCCUCGGAGGAUUGUUUUCUCUCGCGGUUUUGUUUGGCUUUGUGGCCGCUGGGUUGCCCAAAAGAACAGCUCCCGUGUUCCUGGAAAAGUGGGAUGCACUUAGUUUAAUUUCCCGCCAGAAGAGAAGCAACGCGGGUGAUGAAGAGACUAAACUCCCUGCCAACCUCGAGAGGGAGUGUUUAGAGGAAGUUUGUGAUUACGAAGAAGCAAGAGAAGUCUUCCAGGAUAAUUAUCGCACAGACAUCUUCUGGUCUGUCUACAUUGAUGGUGACCAGUGUGCUGAGCAGCCAUGCAAAAAUGGAGCCAUGUGUUCAGAUAGUGUGGGGGGCUUUGACUGCAUUUGUAAAUCAGGCUUUUCAGGAGUCCACUGUGAGACAGAUCAAACGGUAUGUGUAAUCGAUAAGAGCAAAGGGUGCAGUCAGUUUUGUAAGCCGGGCUAUCAGUCGUACGAGUGCUCGUGUGCAUACGGCUGGAAACUGCAGCAGAGAGAGAAGUGCGUGCCGGCUG